CUUCCCGUUUAGCUAAUCUCUUAGUGUCAGUUGCUACACCUGCUAAUUAUUCCCGUCCAAAACAGCUUUAACCAUGGAUGACUUUGACAUGCUGAACGCACCUGCCGCUGGAAACGGCGUCGGCUCAGAGGAAGACCCCGCCGCCGCCUUUUUGGCCCAGCAGGAGAGCGAAAUUGCCGGGAUUGAAAACGACGAGGGCUUCAGCAUCCUUGACGGCGGAGAGGUGCCUUCGUCGCUGAGAGAUUCUGAUGGAGUCAUCAAUGGAGAGUUUCAUGGGGAAAGCAACGGUCCAUCAGAUGCUUAUGCAGCAAUUUCUAAUGCGGAUCGAUUGCAAGCUGAACCUGAAAGUCUGCGCAAGUGGAGGGAGGAACAAAGCGAGAGGCUUGAGGUGCUAGAUGCCAACUCUCGCAAACAGGAGUCUGAGUGGAAGGAUAAGGCCAUGGUGGAGCUGGAGGAGUGGCAUGCGAGGCAGAACGAGCAGCUGGAAAAAACCAAAUCCCAUAACAGAGUGCUGGACGAGGACUUCUACAAGCAGCCCUUCUCUGACCUCAUUGGUUAUGUCACACACAUUAACCAUCCUUGCUACCGCCUAGACCAGGCAGCUGAGGAAGCCAUGAUUUCGGAUCUGGAUGAGAACAACCCUGGCACGGAGUGGGAGCGGGUGGCUCGGCUCUGCGACUUCAACCCCAAGUCGAGCAAGCAGGCUAAAGAUGUCUCCCGCAUGCGCUCCGUCCUCAUCUCUCUAAAGCAAUCCCCGCUGAUCCGUUAGGCACCAGUGUGUUCAGUCAUUCCAUAUCAUUCUUUUUCCCAACGCACACACACAAGCCCAACCACUGAAAUACCAUUUACAUUGCAAAGACGGGGAAAUCCUUUCUGUGCACUUCUCUCUGCCUGGAACAGCCCUGUCUUUAACACUUAUUGGAAGGAAAUACCUGCUGGUCUUGCCAACUAUCUUCUGGCAGUGCUGGUGACCUCCUUUAUUUACCUGCUCACCACAUCUGCCCCUUGUUUUGUCUUCUGUGUGCACCUCCACAGACCCAUCCAGACCUUAUAAUGUUUGCAGUUUCUUUUAAAAAUGGGGCCAAUCAAGACCGGUUCGAUUCUGUAUCAGGUCCUGUUUUCUGUGGAAUUGCAGAACAGUGUAAAUGUGGUGAGUUGGGACACUAAAAGGGAAGAUUUGAUGUUUGUUUGUUCAGGUCUACAGCUACACUACAUCCUGCACCACAAACAAAAUCAUUAUGCUGUCAUAAUUCUUAACGUGUCGGUCCUUAUGAAGCCUGCUUUAACCCUUUAGGGUUGAUGCAUUCAGCUGUUUUAUUCCCCUUUUUUUCUCAAUUUAUCACUUCAUGUUUACCCUUCCUAUAACAAUGAUCGUGUUUUAUUUUUUUCUUUUCCACGGACCAAACUUUCAAAAGAGAACCCCCAGAUUCAGCGUGUACUUCAAAUUGUGUGUGUAGUGCCUGCUUGUGGCAUAUUAACAUUUCCAAUCUAUGCAUUUUCUUUUGAAUGCUUUUCCCUUGUAAAGUGAGAACUGAACGAAGUCCAGUCAUUACAGUUUAUGACCCGUUUCUACGUGUUAAAACCUCAGCAGUGUGUGUACUUGAUGUGUGUACCUAUGUACAUAUACAGAAGGCAAUAUAUACAAUAUAUAAAACAUUUAUGUCACUGAAAUUAGACAGUUGUGGUUUAAACUAGAUACUAGCCAGUUAUUGCUUGACCAUGUUUAUUCAUUGUCCAUUUGAUUUCAAUAUCAGUAAAGAGUAAAUGAGA